AUGUGGCACGUUGUUCGCAGAGGUCGCGCAAACGACAGAACUACUAAUGCUACUACUGCCACCCGCAGACAUCUCAAGACUUCCAUUCCCAAGCCUGAACGGGCUCGGAAGUUGUGGUGUGAGAUGGACAGCAGCAGUGAGGAGGGAAGUGAUCGAAGCGUGAUGGAGGAUGAUGAUGUCUGGGCGAUGCAAACUGAUGCACUUUCGUCGCGCAGUGAUGUCGAGGAUGUGAUACCCAAUGAGGAAGUCUGCAAGGUUGACGAUACGAUAUCUAGAAGAGAUAUAACGGACGAGACAAGAAGUCCAUGUGCGGUGGAUAGUUGGGAGGAGCCGCAGGACGGGGACAAGGCGCGUCCUCAUGCUGCAUCCUUGUCGUCCGGCUCGACAAGCACGGCUGAACCUAGUCCUGUGCCUGCCCCAUGCUACCCUCCUCCUGGUAUCCAUCACGACUCUCUCCAGUGGAAUGCACCUGUUGCUGCCAUGGAGAGAACGAUUCCUGUCUUCCACCCGAAUGGGCCCUUUCCUGAGUGCGUCGUGCAAGGAGGAGUCUGCUCAAUACCCUGGCACCCCAAAGGCCCUCACGUUCACGUUAUGCAUAUCCUUUUCAACGCUCCAAAUAGUGAUACGGAGGGAAUACUCGAGGAAGCUGAUAUGGAUCUCGAAAAGGGCAGACCAAUUACGGAAGAGAACGCCAAAGAGAUCUUUGAUGAAGAUCUGGGUCUGGCGUACGAUAUCAAUCCGAAGAGGAAACGCGUCGCUAAGCUGUGGGUUGACGAAGAAGGAAAUACACUAUCGAGAAUUUGGGAGAAAAAACUAAACAAGCCAGGAUACUUCGGCACGAUGAGGGAGACGCUGUCGUUGCCCCAGGUCAGCGAGAUAGGGAAAAAGCCCUAA